AUGGACGAGAAGGGCUUCUUACUUAGCCGUAUCUCACCAUCAAAAAGGAUCUUUUCGAGGGAGCUUUGGGACAGAAAGAAAGUGCGGCAAUCACUCCAAGAUGGGAGUAGGGAUUGGACAACGAUUAUUAGCUGUAUUUGCGCUGAUAGGAGCUCGGUAGACCCUACGAUAAUCUAUGAGGGAGCAGCUGGGCUUCAUACUGAAUGGCUGCGGGACCUGGAGGUCGGAAAACACCAGGUUUUUUGCUGCAGCAGCCUAUCUGGAUGGAGUAACAAUGAGCUCGCGCUGGCUUGGGUUGAACAGGUGUUCGAUCGGCUCACGAAGGAGAAAGCAAAACGCGACUAUAGGAUGCUAAUCGUUGAUGGGCACGGCACUCACCUUACGCCUUCAUUUAUCGAUUAUUGCUAUGCCCAUCGAAUAAUCCUCGCGGUGUUGCCGCCUCACGCCACUCACAGCCUCCAGCCACUCGACGUUGGUGUAUACUCACCUCUGGCGGCCGCGUAUAGCUCCCAGCUCACUAAUCUGAUCCACGGCAAUCAAGGUUUGAUCAAUAUGCAGAAAAGUGAUUUCCUACGCUUAUUUUGGGCGGCAUAUACAUCUACUUUCACAACUGAUAAUAUAUUGGCCAGUUUUCGAGCUACUGGGAUCCAUCCGCGCAAUCCCGACGUCGUGAUAAAACGCUUCAAAACACCACCACCGCGAGACGAUACGGAUACAUGGAUUGGAGAGGCAGGUGAUGGAGAUAGCUGGAGGGAUCUGUCAAAAUUAUUUGACGCUGCUGUGUCGGAUACAUCGAAAAAUGCAGCCAAACAGCUUAAACAGGCGCUGCAUUCAUUACAGGUCCAAAACGAGCUUUUGCACCAUGAAAUCGAUGAACUGCGGGGCAGUAUUACUACCAAAAAACACCGCAAAACGGAUAGAAAGCUUCUAGAUCUGCAGCAGCACGAAGAGUAUCAUAGCUCUGCGGUGAUAUGGAGCCCCCGAUCAGUGAGGGAGGCCAGAGCCCGCGAGGCAGCAGAACAACAGCAAGAGCAUAAAAAAAAACUCCAAAAAAAACACCAGAGGGAGGAGCGAGCUGCCGCAGCUACAUAUAAAAAACAGAUGGCACAAGCUGCUCGUGAGCAUCGUCAGAUGGCUAAAGUGGUGCGGGAGGAGCAGCGCGCUGCGAAGGCUGCAGAACUCGCUGCCGCGCGCGCCGAAAAAGCACGACACCGCGCUGCUACAACCUUACAAAAAUCUCGCGAUAGGCAAAGUAUAGCUAAACGAAAAGCUUCAUCAAUUCAGAAUACAAAAAAACUAAAGCGGCGUCGUGUUGUAGAGGCUGAAAGUGGUGGUGGUGAUGCAUCACCAGCCGCCAAGCCUCCCACCAAAACCACCACCCGCGGCCGCAGUGUGCGGUUGCCCAGCAAAUUUCAAUAG